GCUCCGGCCGCCCGUGAGGGAGUGGGUGAGGGGGACGGAGGCGCGAGGAGGAGGAGGAGCCGCCGCCGAAGGGGAACGGGCGGCCCGGCCGUGUCGAGGGGGGCCUCGUCGCUCUUCGAGAGGAGAGGCCCGGCGCGGCGGGUGGACGGACAUGUCCAUGGAGGACCCCUUCUUCGUGGUGAAAGGGGAGGUUCAGAAGGCAGUGAACACUGCCCAGGGACUGUUCCAGAGAUGGACAGAGCUCCUGCAAGAUCCGUGCACAGCUACAAGAGAAGAAGUUGACUGGACCACCAAUGAGCUAAGGAACAACCUAAGGAGCAUCGAGUGGGACCUCGAAGACUUAGAUGAAACUAUUAGCAUUGUUGAAGCAAAUCCCCGGAAAUUCAACCUUGAUGCAACAGAACUGGGUGUGAGAAAAGCCUUUAUUACAAGUACACGGCAGGUGGUCAGGGACAUGAAGGAUCAAAUGUCAAAUACUUCUGUUCAAGCACUAGCCGAAAGGAAGAACAGGCAGGUACUGCUAGGAGAAAGCGGCACUCACAGCUGGAGUUCUGGGACUGACAAGUAUGGCCGCCUGGAUCGAGAACUGCAGUUGGCAAAUUCCCACUUCAUUGGGGAUCAGCAAACACAGCAGCAGUUGAUCAUUGAACAGCAAGAUGAACAGUUGGAGCUGGUCUCCGGCAGCAUCGGUGUACUAAAGAACAUGUCCCAGCGCAUUGGAGGGGAACUGGAUGAACAAGCAGUCAUGCUGGAUGACUUCUCUCAUGAGCUGGACAGCACUCAGUCACGGCUAGAUAACGUCAUGAAGAAACUUGCAAAAGUGUCCCAUAUGACCAGUGAUCGGCGACAGUGGUGUGCAAUUGUCAUUCUCUUUGCUAUCCUGUUGGUGGUGCUUAUUUUGUUUUUUGUGUUGUGACAAGAUUGGAGUUCAGAUUCUCAUCCCAGUUCCCUUCUGAACGAAAUCCUAAGACACUUUGCAUCUCCAAGACAGAAUUCUCAUCCUGGAAGACCUGUGGGGCUGGGGGCCUGAUGCCGUGCUCAUCCUGUGGGCGACCACCCGCGGCGUGACAGACAGACACUCUCAUGGCUUUUCCGCUUAGCCUCAUCCGUGUGCC